CUUAUCACAAUACUACAUAAAUAUUUACUUAAACACAUUUAGUUUAGUAAAACUACAAGUGUGCAGAGUUGACUAUGGAAACAGUGAGGGACAAAGUAGCCCUUGUUACCGGGGGUGCUAGUGGUAUUGGCUUUGCUAUGGUUUGCGAGUUACUCAAAAAUGGGACAAAAGGUGUGUCAAUAGUUGACAUAAGUGAGGAGAGUGCUCAAACGGCACUAAGCGAAUUGGGGGACGAACGAGUGACAUUUAUCAAAACUGAUGUCAGUUGUAAAGAACAACUACAAGCCGCCUUUGAUAAAACCGUCGAGAGGUACCACCAACUUGACAUUGUCGUCAACAAUGCCGGAAUCGUCGACGAAAUCGACUGGAAACGCACAAUUGACAUCAAUCUAAUUGCUGUGAUCGAAGGGACGUAUUUAGCGAUACAGGAGUACCUCCCCAAAUACAAAUCGGGGGUUGAGGGGGUGAUAGUCAACACUGCUUCAGUCCUAGGACUUUGCCCUCUUCAAAGUACCCCCAUUUACAGUACUUCUAAAAAUGGAGUCAUUGGUUUGGGGAGAUCACUAGGAGGUGAGAAAUUCUACGACGAGUACCAAGUCCGGGUACUUACGAUUUGUCCCGGAUUUGUGGACACCCCCAUGACUAGGGUAAAAUCAAACCCGAGUAAAGCUUUAUUCCCGGAUUCAAUGUCCGAAGAUAUCAAAAAAAUUAAUAAAUUUGCCAUAAAGGCUGAAAAAGUGGGUCAGGCUUUGAUCGAAGUGAUAAAAAUGGGUGAAAAUGGGUCAUUGUGGGUGGUGGAGGACGAUGACCCUCCUUAUCAGGUUGUGAUACCUCACAGAAAAUCAAUGAAAGUGUAAUUAAUUGAAUUAAAACUGUCUCAUUAUUGUUGAAAUUGAAAAUCCGGUUUUCAUAAUCUGAAAUAAACCAAUCGAGGAAUUACACAGUUAUUUUGUUUUCUACCUGUAGUAACAUAUUCCGGUUGACAUCGAAAAGUCCGGUUCCGGUCAACCGGAGCGGCUCUUGUGCUUUCAUCAACAUGAACAAAAUAUGUUUCCGGAUUCGUGAAUCUUUUGCAUUGUACCAAUCAACUCCGUAAAUAGCAUCAACUAAACUUUCAGCCUGAAAAAGCUUCAAAAUCACUGAAAUCUAACCGUAAAACUUUUACUUCAAUUUCAAGAUUGCUGGCUGAAAGAAACGUGAAAGAGCUUUGCAUGAUAAUACCAACCACAUAGAUGACUCCUAAGGCAAAUUGACCAAAAGUUUGGGCCCUAAAACAAUAAAAAAAUAUUUUUUUUGUCUCACUUAUUGAGCAGGAAGAGUUCAAUACAUAACCCCUUGAUUGAUAGCAAAUAUUGGAGGAGAAAAUAUAGUCUUAAUUUUUUUCUGUUCUCUGAAACAAGUUUUGUAACCCCAGACUUAAAAAAAAAUUGGCUUUGGAUUCUCUCAUUUUAAGCGAAAAAUUGUUUUUUUUUUCAUAAAAUAAUACACGGUACCAAACAUAGAACGUUGCGAUUAAUACGUUAUUUCAAAGUUAUCGCUAAAUAACCAAUAUUCUGAAAAAAUUGCAAAAACACUAAAAUUAGGGGUGAAACAAACACUGUUUUUUGCGCUCCUGGUAACAUUUAAAAUCACAAAAAUGCAAAAAAAGUGAAAUUUUAUAUCACAAUUAUGGCAAAAGUAUCAGAGUUAUCACAAAAUCGAAUAUAAUAGUUAACAGCACCUCAAAAUAUAUAAGUUAACAUGGGUCUAAAUAUAACUUUUUACAAUUUUUUUAACCAAAGUUUAUAAUUCUUACGAAUUUUUUUGUCAGUUUUUUCGUAAUUUGGCAAAAUCAUAUUUAAAAAAAUUAAACAUUUUGCAUCAUACGGAUGUAAAAUGUUUCGAAGAGUCAAAAAGCGUAAGGAAUAUCAAAAAAAUUCAAAUAGUUUUGGGCAGAUUGUUAAAUUAUCAAUUUGUGUUUUUGCGUGAUUUCUAAACUUUAAACGGAAAAUAGAUUUUUUUUCAUUAAAUACUACAUUAUAAAAGUUCUUUAACGGUAGCAAACAUAAAACGUUGCAAAUAAUAAAUACAUAAUUUUGAAAUUAUAGCCAAAUGAUCAAAAUUUAUAAUAAAAAAAUUAAAAUUGGAAUACUGUUUUUUGGGAUCCUCAUAAUUUUAAUAAUCUCACAAAUCUACAACACAGCAUUUGAGUGUUCCGAGGAGUUCAAUAAAAAACUGGAGAAUUCUAAAUACUUUAGAAGUUAUUAACAUAUUGUGAAAUUACCAAUUAUUGCCUAAUUUUGGGUUUUCUCAAUACUUAUUAACAGCAUAAAAAUGUUUUUUUUUUGUAAAAUAGUAUAAUAAAAGAGCUUUCCAACGGUACUAAACAGAGAUUGUCACUACUGAUAAUAUCAGAGUUAUUGCCAAAUGACCAAAAUUUUGAAAAAAUAAGAAAAUUCUGAAUUAGAAUAAACAUUGUUUUUGCGCCUUUGGCAAUUUCAUAAACUUGCAAAUGCAUACAACAGUUCCGAAAAUUUUCGAAUAGUUCAGAGGUUAAUGACGGAUUUUGAAAUUACCGAUUUUUGUCUAAUUUUGCAAAUUUCUCAAUAACUAUUAACGGCACAAAAAUAUUUCAAGAUUGCUGGCUGAAAGAAAAGUGAACGAGCUUUGCAUAAUAAUACCAACCACAUAAAUGACCAAAAGUUUGAGCCCUAAAACAAUAAAAAACAUUUUUUUGACUCACUUAUUGACCACGAAGAGUUCGAUGCAUAACCCUUCGAUUGAGAGCAAAUAUUGGAGGAGAAAAAAUUCCGAAAAAAUAGUCCUCAUCUUCUUGUGUUCCCUAAAACAAAUUUUGUAACCCCAGACUUGAAAAAAAAAAUUACUUGAGUAAAAAGUUGUGAUAAUUGGCACAAAUCUUUAAUUUUUCCAAACACUUUCCUUCGUGUUUUUGGCUCGAGUCUUGACCAAUUUCAAUCGAUUUCAGGUUUUUUUUCAGUAAGACAAACUGAAUUUCAAGCUCAGCUCCCAUGAGGAGGAAUGUACCAUCCAUGAUCACCGCCACUGGUAUACUCUCGGAUAAGCACACAACUUGCCAGAAAUAGACCACAGCAGUGGCGUGCGUGAAAUUGGGGACCCAUGAAGCUUGCGGUAAAUCAACACUUUCGGCAAAAACCGGAGUUAGGUAGAAAUAAGCCAACAUAAAGACACUAAUAGCACUCAAACUCUUCAUGACGGAGUCCCGGAAAAGCAACUUUUGGCGGAACUUUUGGCCCAAAUUUUUGCCAAAUUUCUCAUAACUCCAGAAUUUUUCCCGAUCGUUGAUUAUGUUUUCGAUCAAAGAGGCGUGUUUGAGGACUGCUAGUUUGCGACCAAAGACCUGGAAUUGACAUUUUGAGUGGUUUUUGAGGUUUUGAGGAUAGUUAUACGUGUCCAUGGGUGGAUAAGGCUUCACAAGUCCGAGCAAUUUCGAAAAUAUCGUGAUGCAUGUAUCGGAAAUUGUAGACAAUAAACGUGAUUAGAGUGAACAUGAUGGGGGCUAGGACGUAUUUGAGGAAAUGUGUUUUGAGUGUUUUGUGGGUUGGAAGGUAGCCACUUAGCUUGAAUAUGGUGGAGACGUACAAGAAAUGGUCGGGCAUUUUGAGGAAAUGGCUAAUUUGUGUCGUGGAGGGUUUUUAUAACAGGUGGAAUUUUUAUCUUUAAAUAAUUUUGUAGUUUGACCUAGAAUCGAGCUGAAUUUGCAACCAAUCAAUUGUAAUUAUUAACUAGAAGCAAUUAAAAGUUGCUCGCGUUUCUUUUAGAGUUAUAAUUAUUCGUCGUAAAAAUUUUAUUGGCUUGGAAGCGCGUCCAGAUGAUAUUUUUGCAAUUUUAAUAAACUUUUUUGAAAUCAAAAAUUUGGUAAAUUGAUUUUUUUUCCAAACUUUACAGAUAUGACACUGUUUUAUGGAGUUACUAGAGGUGAAAAAAACAGUUUUUGGUUCAAUUUUAUUUUCUUAUUUUUACGAUUUAUUCAAAAUUUUGGUCAUUUGACUAUAACUCUGGAUUUAUCAGUCGUAACAUUCUGCUUGGUACUGUUAAAAAACUUUUCUAAUUUUCUACUUUCCAAAAAAAUCAUUUUUGUGCAGUUAAUACUUAGUUAUGAAGAAAAAUGCAAAAUCAGUCAAGAAUUGAAAAUUCCAAAAUCCGUCAAUAACUUCUUAACUAUCCAAUAUCCGGUUUUCUCAACGCUAUUUAAUUCCCUGGAACAUUUCACAAAGUGGCAUAUGUAUUUGUAAAUUUGGGACAUUGUAAGGAGCGCAAAAACAGUGUUUGGGUUUUACAUUUUCGUAUUUUUUCAAAUUUUUGGUCAUUGAGCAAUAACUCCGGAAUUGUCAGUAGUAAUAAUCUCUGUUUAGUACCGUUGGAAAACUUUUUUAUUAUACUAUUUUACAAAAAAAAAUCAUUUUUGUGCGGUUAGGAUUGAGAAAUCCCAAAAUUAUACAAAAAUUGGUCAUUUGAAAAUACGUUAUUAAUUUCUAAAAUAUUUAGAAUUCCCCAGUUUUCUACUCAACUUUUUGGAACACUCAAAUACUGCUUUGUGCAUUUUUGAUAUUAUUAAAAUUAUUAGAAGCCCAAAAAACAGUGUUUGUUUCAAUUUUGAUUUUUUUUAUUUUUGCGAUUUUUUCAAUAUUUUGAUCAUUUGGCGAUAAUUUUAAAAUUAUGUAUUUAUUAUUCCCAACGUUUAAUGUUUGGUAUCGUUAAAAAUCUUUUUUAAUGUACUAUUUUAUGAAAAAAAAAAUCCAUUUUGCGUUUAAAGUUGAGAAAACUACAGAAUUGAUAAUUUGAAAAUUUGCCUAAAUCUAUUUAAAAUUUUGGAUUUUCCGUACGCCUUUUGACUCUUCGAAACAUUUUACAUACGUAUGAUGCAAAAUGUUUAAAUUUUUAAAUACAGUUUUGCCAAAUUACGAAAAAAUUGACAAAAAAUUCGAAAGAAUUAUAAAUUUUGAAUAAGAAAAAAUGUAUAAAGCUAGCUUAGACUCAUGUUAACUUAUAGAUUUUGAGGUGCUGAUUUACUAUUAUAACCGAUCUUUUGUGAGAAUCUUUUGCCGUAAUUUUCAUUUAAAAUUUGCCUUUUUUGCAUUUUUGUGAUUUUUUGAAAUCACCAGGAGCGCAAAAACAGUGUUUGUUUCAAUUUUUUAUUUUUAAAGUUUUUUCAAAAUUUUCUUUAUAAAAUUCAAACCAAUCAAAUCAAGUUAUUCAUCAAACAACCCUCAGUUCAGUUAAAUAAUAACAUCGCUUACUAACUUUUUGCUAAUUAAAGAAAGAUACACAUACGAAUAUAACAGUGAGUUGCGGAAACAUGCGUCGUCGGUACCAAAAGUGGGUAAGAUUUUAAAACUUAGGUUUUAAUUGUUAAUUUUCUCAACCCAUAACAUUCUUCAGAUCACCAAAAGGUACCAAUCUGAUCUGUCUUUUUCCAUACCACAAAAACAAGAUGUAGAAUUAUCGAAAAUGUGGUUUUAUAGUCCACGGAAGGUGUAAAUACGAACAUGCAGGGAACCAAGCGCGUUUUUUAAUUAUUUGCCUCUAGAAAAUAAUAAUUAAUAUAAAUUAAGGUAAUAUAAAAGAUAUGAUUGUAUUUUAAAAAUAAAAUUUUGUCUAAAACAUGUAUUUUGUAUUUUUGAUUUAUUUUUAAUACAGAAUAAUAAAUUGAAACAAAACAUGUUUUCAAAAUUGCCGCCUUUUCUAGUUCUCGGGCCAGACGUAUGAUGAUGCCAAACAGAAACUUUUAAAAAUCAUUAAGUAGGCGUUUUAUUUUGUAAAAAAAUAGGUGUUCUGUGGUUUGAAAUUUACUUCAAAAUUUUAAAUUAUGUUUCGGUCGAUUUUAUUCUUCGCAUUGCUUUUAUGCGUAAAUGGUGAGGGAAAAUAUGACCUCAGAAAGGUGGAUUAUCGUUCGAAAAGAUGCUACGAUAACGAAAAAUCUUCUGGUUGCGAUUGCAAACUGCAAGGAACUCGAACCGAAAUAUUAGAGAAAAUGGAAGAAUUUCUUCAAUUAUAUCUAGACAAUCACAAUUACUUCGCUUCUGGUAACGAAACUCGCGGUUUUGCCAAAAAGGCUAUCAACAUGAUGGUCAUGAACCAUGAAUUUAAGGCACGAUGUUACGGAAGAGGUCUUUUUGACGGAUAUCACGAAAAAUGUAGAAUGUUGCAGAACAAUAAAACAGCUUCACAGAAUCUCGCUGGAACAACCUCUAAAGACACCAGUUUUAAGCAGUUGAAAAGAAUUAUCUGUAAUUGGUAUCACAAGUCAGAGACAUGCAGGAAGAUAUUCAUAAGGAACUUGGUGACAUGGGGGAGUAUAACAUUGGACACUUUGUGUUGGUGGUGUGCCAAUAGUGUAGGUUGUGCUCGAAUUUAAACAGCAGAUACGAAAAAUUUAUAAGACAAAUUUAUUCAUCCGAUUUAUGUACAAGAUUUAAUUUGCUACUACGCUAUGAAGGAUCUUGAAGGAAGGAUUAACUCGUUAGGCGAUCCGAUGUAACGCCAGGAAAGCCGUGUUCCAAAUUUCCAGAAGGAGAGAAAUACAAUAAAUGCAACACGAAAUGUACCUCUUUGUGUGGAGAAUUAGAACCGGUGCCGACCGAAAAAGAGUUUGAUUUUGAUCAAACACAAUCUCCAAAACAAUUCCUAUCCAAUAACAAUUCCAUUCCAAUAGUCAUUUUUAUUGCUUUGUUGGUGGUUUCUCUCUUCUAAGAAAUAAACUGCUUGAAUUUUC